AUGUACAUUAUUAUUUAUGAAUUGGGACUUUCUAUUGUUAAUACUCUGAUUUUGAUUAUAAACAGGAAACUUAAGGAGUUCUUUAAAUAUCAAAGACCACAAUCAAUUGAUAAAUUACCCACUCCAAACACUGUUAAUGGUAAUAACUUCCUUAAAGUAAUUCUUAGAGUUGGAGACUUAAAAAUUAAGAUAAGAUUCAAUAGCGAAAUAACACAAAAAACUAUUUUUAAACCACAUAGAUACGCAAAAAAGAUAACAACAAUUAAAGAAAGCAAGAUAUCAGAAUUAAUAUCAUCCUACUCGUAAACUGUUUUCGAAGAUGAUAAAAAAGGGGUGAUGAAGAUUUGA